UUAUCUUCUUUUUUUAAAUCCUCUGUACACGCUGGUUGGCCUCCUGUUGGCCGCAGUGGUGGUUUGAAUUGAUAUACCUUUAACCUCCUACAUCACCCGUCAGGUCUUGUAUUCCCCCAAGUAGUCACUUUUUAUGAACUCCGCUCCGACACCUUGGACACCACCAGUCGUAGCUCAUAAACUCUUCAGGCCCCAGUGCUCAAAAGUGGUACCUUAAGACACCCCCCGUUUGCAAACAAUGCAGAAAAGUCACAAUGCACAAUAAAAUGGCCGGCGACACCAUUCCAUUAUGCAGGAUGCAGCAUUCUUGCGCCUUCUUAUUUAAAUGAGAGCAGCCACGGUGGUAACACACGCACACACACACACACACACACACACACACACUGUGAGGACCCCCAAGCGCCGGCUCAUUCUCGCCCCCCCCCCCCCCCCCCAUCCCAUACAAGGAAAAACGCAUAAUUUCCAACGCAAAUGAAGAAACGCGCCGAAACACACGCCGGGCGCCCCCCCCUGGUGCUUCAUAUUUCACGCCGCUGCAGCCAAACACCGUUAGUGCAGCCACGGCGGAGAGAGAGAGAGGGGGGGAUGGGGAUAGAGAGAAUAAAUAGCAUCUGGAAUGUGGCGGAGGGCGGACAGCAAACGCUAAGCUGCAUAUAGGUGUCACCACAAUUUUCAUAGCCCAACAAAUCAACACACAGCGGCCGCUCCACAGAUCCGCUGUACUUAUACCAGCCGCCCACCAGCCUCCUCUUCCCAACUUCCCCCCCUUGGCAAUUGUAUCUGACAAUAGGAAUGCCCCGAGGGCCCCAUAAACGGUGACCGUGUAAGGUGCAUUGCAUUCAUAAACACUGUCAAAUGUGACGAAGAAUGGCAACAGUUCUAACGCCUCCCCUUUGGACGGUGUCUCUCGGUACUGGAAUCCCGCCAAGACCCGCCGCUUUGCAUACCCGGUUUGGCGGAAAAUAGCUUUUGAAAAAGCAUUUGACCUCUCUCUCUCUCCCCCCUGGAGUGCACAAUUGUCUACGAGCGUUCCCUUGCGAGGUUCUAAAAUAUUAUUCUAAACACGUCACAAAUCAAGCAAACCGUACCACUCAUACAACACUAUUUUGCAACAAUUCCUCCUCCCUUUGGGCAUCCCGUACCCUCCUUUGGGCAUCCUUUUUUUUCUAUAUUUUGCACGACACGGGUGGUCCCCGGGACCCCACUUUAGGGGCGCGCGCAAACCACUCAACCUUUGUGCAGGUGUCGAAGAAUAAGCGGUGCAGCGGUAACACCGACCGAACUCAAAGAUCGUACAGCUGCAACGAACUGAUGCGGAGCGGCAAAUGGCUUCACAGCAGCUCAAAAGCGGCGCGUGGGAGUACCAACGGGCGAUGUAUUGCUUGCGCUUACUUCACAACCGGGGGCGGGAGAGUUGUUUGUAAACACACAGCAAAGUGUGCACACGGUGGGGGGCGUCAUCAUGCUCAUGAGCGAAGAUGAUGCACUAUAAUGUAACAAUCAAAAGAACGGGCCAAGACACCGCCGCCGUUUGUGAGCGCGCGAAAGUGAGAUCGCAAUCGCAAUCCGGAAGUCAAGCUGGGGUGCAACCCCAAGUUGCAUCUGAGGUGCAGUAUUGUGUCGAUACAUGUCGGAGUCGAUGGGUUGGUUUGUGGGCUGUGAGAUUCAACCGUCGGUAUUAUAUCUAGACGAUCUUAUGCCGCUCUUAUUAUGUUGUGCGGCAGGGUAUCCCCCCCCCCCAACCACUAAGCUUUCCCUUUCGUUUGCGGUGGCGCGUUCGAUGCGUUGAUCGGGGCGCGGGUGUGUGUGCACAUGUGCAGAUGAAUUAUGAUCGGCUCUAUUCUACUUUACAUGAUCUUUUUUCUUGCGCUGUUGCGCCACAGCCGAGUUUCCCAGCGAAUGUACGGCGCGCGCGCGACUUCACAGCCAUCGUAAACACACACACAGUGAAGGGGCAUCCAAUUUUAAGGAAGUCCGGACCGAUUGCUUCACAUCACCUGGAUGAUGAUGGCAUCCAGGCGAGUAGGUCGUAAAAAUAGUGAUCUCCGAUUACAUCAACAAUAAAGCCAGCAAGCGAGCAGAACAGCUUUGGUGCCGCGGGAAACGAUGGGAAGUUUGUGCAACCUUUCUCCGAUCAGUUUCUUCCCUGUAUGUUUUUUUUUUUUCACUAUUAAAUAUUUAGUGUUUGAUUUUGAAACUGCAGAACAAACGCAAACCUGAUAUCGAAACCAUCAACAGCAGAGCUUGCGCACAACGCAGGUGAUGUUGCGUUUCCCGCUUAUCACGGCGAGAAGCGAGAGAUGCAGACGGCAACCCGGUGUAUCGUGGUUGAUAAAUUAUCAUCUUAUUUUUGUACGAAUCCAAAAAAAAAACCGCUCACCGCGCGAUACGUAAAAACGGAACGGCGCAGCGAGAAACGGUUUGAUCAUUGCCCUAACACGCAAAGAUAGCCUAGCGCCCAGUGUAUGUGUGUGUGUGUUUGUGUGGCAACUCACAUCGAAAACAUAUCAUUAACAGCCGGUAACCACGGUGACCACGACCCGCGAAUAUGGUGGCAUACGAAAAUAGCCAACCCAGCAGCAGACGGCAGCAACACCACCAUACCAGCAAGCCGGUCGGUGUGUUGUCGGUCUAUUUCUUCACCUCCUCCGCCGCCACAAACGCAAACCCUGUGCCACACACAGUUACCAGCAGCGCGCUGCAAAGAUUAAGAUACGCGUGGUCAGCAGCACCACCAGCUGGGAACGUGAGAGAGCCCGCGCGCGCGACCACGUUCAAGGUGUACCACUAAUUUUCAGUCGACUCCGAAACACGGUGGCUUACGGGUGGUGCGUGUGUGUAUGUGUGUGUGUGUGUGUGUGUGUGCGUGUGACUCUAUUCAAAAGAAAGGCAAAGGUGUCGCAAAGUGACGGAUCUCCUCUACCGCAAAGGGAGUGUUGUUGGGCCAAGCCGAUUAAGUUCCCGCAGUAAAGUUCGUCAACUAUGUCUCACCGAUUCUUCCCAACAUUCCACAGCGAGCGAAUUAUGCGAGUUUAGUGCAGUGUUUCGUGCAAUUCAUUCCCCUUUUUAAUGUGUAACCCAAGUGCGUUGACAACAGUGCGCCAGACCGAAGAGCGAACGAUUGUUGGAAAUACGAGAUACUACACAGUGACACAGUAGUGAGCGCUGGCUCGAGAUCGUUCAGAUACUAUCGUGUGAUUUGUGCGUUUUCCGAAACAAAAACAAAACCCCGCCAACAUGUAUCCUCCGAUACUAGUGUUAGUGCUAGCGUUAGUGUUCCUCUCCCGCCAAACUGCCGCCCUGGAGCUGCAGGACAAUGAUCCAGGCCGGGAAGAAAGUGACAGUUAUUCUAGUCCCUACGGUAGCCCAGUCACCAGUUCCCUACUGCCGUACGAUAGCAGCACCGGUGGCGGAGGGCACGAGUCGGCAACGCUUGGCGCCGACACCGCCGUUGUGUCCUCUUCCGACGUACUGCCACCGGGUGGUCUGCUGGACAGCGUCUACUAUCAACAUCACAACAGCGCCGUGGACCACCAGUACGGUAGCGGCGAGGAGGAUCCCCGUGCCAUCUACCCCGAUAGCUUUAACAGCUCCGAGCUGAGUGGAGCGGACGAGCAGUACCUGACUACCGGUAGCUCCCUGCUGCCCGAUUACGGUUCCAGCGAGCGUAACGACAGUGCGGAAGCGUCACCGCUGGCAACCGUCGACGACCACGAGGCACGGGCCAGCGUUCCGCAGGCAUUCGUGAGCGAUCAGGAGGAGGAUCAGCCGCGGGAUGAGCAGGUCGGUGAGUCAUCGGAGGAUCACCACCUACACCGGACGGCGCCGGUGCAUCAUCAUUCGCGCGAGGAGCCCACGCUAAGCAGCAGAGCGCUGGAGCACCAUCUGCAUCAGAAUUUACCGCCCGAAACGACCAACCAUCUGUACGGCGGGUCCGGCGACACCAACAGUGGCGUUAACGACAGUGCCGAGCAUCACUUCACGUCGCCAGUCGGGCUGGAAAACAACGUGGAGGACACGCAGGAGGAUGACGUACUGCAGCUGGCCACUACAACGACAAUGCCGGCGCCACCGGUGCCGGGAGCGCUGGGCAGCAGUUCGAGCCCGGACCUGGACGGAGGUGUUGUUGUUGAUCAUCCCGCGGGCGGUCUGCAUCCGUUGCGACCCACGAAACCGGUUCCGUCCACACACCCGACCGGCGGUGGCUUUGACGAGAGCAAACUGUCCAAGCCGGAGCUGCUGGCACAGCUGAUCGCGGACAAGAACCUGCGGAUGCCGAUCGCCUUCCUCGUCGACACGUCGAACGAUUCGCUCGCCUUCACCAAGAAGGUGCUGGAGGCGUCGCUGGUGCCGAAGACCCCGCUCGAUGCAAUCCUGAUGCGCUACAAUGCCAGCGGCAUAUCCAAAUCGGUUACCUUCCGCAACACCAAGUCACUGAUGGAGGCGGUAAACCUGCUGCAGCCCAGCUUUGACCGGGGCGGCAGCGAGUACUACAGCAUUCUGCGCACCUCGCAGGAGAUACCGUACGAUAGUGCUAUCUUCUUGGCCACCAGCAGGGCGACUACCGACGCGCAGCUUUCCCGCAUGACCGCACUCACCCUGCUCAAGAAGCGGAUUCGGCUGUACGUGAUCUGGUUCGGCGAGGAGAUCCUGGACACCAAGCAGCAGCUGGACCAACCGACGACAAACCAGACGGCACUGCACGAGCUGGCACACAAAACGGGCGGCCGUGUGAUACACUUCGAGAUCGACCGGUACUUUGGCGGCCAUCCGGUGCUGACGACCCUGCUCUCCCAGCACGAUCUGCACGGCACACAAUCGAUCCCGGUCAGCGUCGGCGAGGAUGUGAACAGUCUGUACUUCAAGCUGCACGGUCACCUCGACCAGGCCACGCUGGAAACGCCCAACGGAUCGUUGAUCGAUUUACUGCGCGACAGUAGUAGAACGAGCGCAAAACCGCAACGCAACGGUGCGACGGACUCGGCGAGCCGGAACGAAGCUCCCGUCAUGCUGUACCACCUUAACCAGACCGAGCCGGGCACCUACCGGCUUAAUGUGUCGUCCACCUCCAGCCCAUUGGAGCAUUCGUACAACGUGACGAUAAAGUCUGCACAACUCUAUUGGGACGGCGGCAUCGACACUUACGACGUCGGACCCGGGCCAGCAACGGUGCCGGAAGGGUGGGAAACCGAGGAGGCAGUCGAUUUGCUGAGCAAUAAUGUUGCCGGCGAGACGGACCGCACGCUGUACGCUGGUGGAAGCUCAAAGCUACCACGAUCAAGCGGCGAUGAGCACCGGUUUGCGCGCCAAACCGAGCUAACGGACGAGGACAGUGGCAUCAUCAGUGGUCGCGCCUCGAUCCAAGCCAUCACCAAGGUGGAUGUCGGCGUGAACUCGCAGCUGAUCGGAGCACGCGGACAAGCGCUCCAGCUGUACUUCGAAGUUACCAACUAUCGCCAAACGCCGAUAACGUACUUUUUCCGCGUCACGGACGAGCUGGCCUUCCUGCGCUCACUAAACCCUGGGCAAGUAACGCUAAACCCGGGCCAAUCGAUCAUCGUAACGGUGGCACUCAUCGUAACACCGACGGCCGAAAUCGGUUCCCGCGACAAGGUAACCUUCUCGACGACCGGCGUCGAUACGGUGUCCCAGUCCGCCUGGGUAACCGUGUCCGAUUCGGCCGGGCUGGCCGACACUACGCGCCCCUCGCUCUGGUACACCUACUCGAGCCGGUGCGAGGGCCGCUCGACACCGGCCACCUGUACCGGGGCGUUCUGGACGCUCGAGGUAAUGGCACGCGACUACGAGACGGGCCUGAUGCGCAUCUCCUCCAGCCCGGCCGGCCUGCUCUACAAAACGCCCUUCACUGCCGGCACGCGGGACGAGGUGCGGGCCAGCUAUACCGCGUCCUGCUGCCAGCCACGCGUCACCGUCACGGCGUACGAUGUGAGCCGAAACGUGCGCAGCCUCAAUCUGGACGUGACGGACAUUUGGCUAAACGAGGCGGGCAUUGCGGCGGUCGUGCUCGGGGUGCUGCUGUUCAUCGCGCUGAUCAUACUGCUGGUGCUGCUCAUACGGUACUGCAUUCGCAAGCGCAAGCAAUCGCAGGAGCUGCCGAUCUACAGGGGCGGCGAACCGAUCGGCAGUCGUCGUACCAAGUGAACGUAAUCGUAGCCUUAAGAAACUGCAUUCCAUACCGUAAGUUGCCCUCGCUUUAGUACGUAAAACAGUAAUCGCUAACGCUUACUGUGCGUAAGCAUUAUGUUUAAUCAUCAAAAGGGAGACAGAGAUACCAAAUGUUACCUCCGUUGUGAGCAUGAAAUAAAUAAUAUAAAUCAUUUACAAACAA